AUGCCAGCCGAAAUAUCAGAGAUGCCUGCUGUCGUCAGUACCAAUUAUGGCAAUGGCAAUGGCAAUAAUGCAGAAAAGGAUGACUUCACAGAACGAAUCUUUCGGGAAGCUCAUGAAACGGUUGAAAAUGAACCCGAGUUGUGUUCUUUAUUGAAACAUACAGUCCUGGCACCCUGGGUCCAAACCUUUGAAGAUGCCGUUGCCGCCACUGUUUGCUAUCGGAUGCUCUUGAAAGAACCCACGCCGACCAUGGACGGUGUCUUUUGUCCACACGCUUUAAAAGGAAUAUUUCAAAAGGCUUUCAGAGACGAUCAGAAUUUAGAAAUGGGUCAGUAUUCCAUCAAGGAAGCGGUUCGGAAGGAUGCCCAGGCAGUCAUUGAUCGAGAUCCUGCCUGUGAGACUCUAUUGGAAGUGGUGCUAUUCUACAAGGGUUUUUCGGCAUUGGUCGUCCAUCGAGUCGCUCAUCAAAAAUGGGUCGCUGCUUCCAAAGUAAAACGAAGCAUGACGGCGCUUUUUCUUCAAUCCCAGGCAUCGGCCAUUUUUGGAUUGGACAUUCAUCCUGGCGCCUGUAUCGGAGCUGGCAUUUUGCUAGAUCACGGCACAGGCAUUGUCAUUGGAGAAACUUGUCACUUGGGAGAUGGAUGUACGCUUUUGCAUGGAGUUACUUUGGGUGGGAACGGCAAGGAAACUGGAGAUCGACAUCCCAAGGUUGGACGCAAUGUGUUGAUUGGUGCAGGUGCCAGUGUCUUGGGAAAUAUCCAGAUUGGCGAUCGGGUCAAGAUCGGGGCUGGAAGCAUUGUACUGAGGCCGCUUCCUGCCGGAGCCACGGCGGUAGGAGCUCCCGCCAAGAUUAUUGGCAAGACUCUCGAGUCGAAUCCGGCUGAUACCAUGGACGAAAGUCUGAAAAACGUCGGUCACUUUCAUCAGUCUCCAAGUACCAUUACAUUGUCCACUGUGGCAACCUCCACUACUAAAAGUAUGACCAGCUCCAGCAACAGCAACAGCAGUAUAGCCGAAACCGUGGAUGAGACGGUGGCCGAAUCAUCGAGUGAGAGUGAUGACAAUGAUGAUAGCUGUGUUUGUCCGUAUCGGGACUAUGCUAAGUUUGCCAUGAAAAUUGCCAAGAAACUACCGGCUGGAACUUAUGGAAUUACCUUUUGUCAAUUUGCCAAACUUUUGGAGAGCUCGAAAUGUAUCAAACAUGAAAUCGUAGCAGCCUUCUUUGCAUUGGAUCAGCGAAGUGUCGGCUACCUUAAGAAGACUGACAUGACUCCAGAUUUAGUGACCAAGGCAUUGAUGGAAUCGACGGCAUUGGAUUCCCAACAAAUUGCCAAAUUCCUACAAACAGUGCAUUAG